AUGCAACUUGCACACCCCCUCACCCUCCUAUUCCCGCUCGUCCUGCCGUCCACGGCGCAAGCCCAGUCCUCGGGCACAGGCUCAACAACCCACUACUGGGACUGCUGCAAGCACUCGUGCGCCUGGCUAGGCAAAACCUCCUCCCUCGCCGCAAGGGCCGGGACGAUAUGCGACCGUGACGACAACCCCCUCUCGGACGGCGGCGCCACGUGCAGCGGAUGCGACCCGGGCAGCGCGGCCUACAUGUGCAGCGCCCAGUCGCCGUGGCUGGGAAUAAGAUGGUUGUGCAGUUUACAAAUACGGGCGAUCCCCGGUGGCGGCGUGGGCCAGUUCGACGCCUGCACGGAUCAGUACGGAGCGCCGGCCAACGGGUGGGGCCAGCGGUAUGGCGGAGUCAGCUCUCGGGCCGAGUGCGACGGGUUCCCGGCAAAGUCCAAGGCCGGGUGCUACUGGCGCUUCUACUGGUUCAAGGGUAUCAAUAACCCGAGCGUCUCCUUCCGUCAGGUGACUUGCCCGGCGGAGAUUACCACUGACGUCCGCAGCCCGCAAGCCAUUGGGUCAUCUGAUAUCAAAAGUCACGAGCAAUACCUGAGCGACCCCAGCCUCGAACGCCUGGGCAAGCCUUUCGUCUCGUAG